GAUCAAGGGCCCGCUCCACACCCGGGAUGUGCCGGACCCCGAGGACGUAGCGGGCAUCGGGACUGUAACCCAAGGCCCAGGCAGAGCCUUCACGGUCCCACGCCUCUCCGACCUGAACUGGUUGUGGACCUGGGGCCGCAGGCGCCUCCGCAUGCUGCUGUGCAGUUAGGGAGAUGCUGCAGGAUAAGGGCCUGUCGGAGAGCGAGGAGGCCUUCCGGGCCCCGGGCACAGCGCUCGGGGAGGCCAGCACCACCAACGCCACCAACGUCCCCGAGCCCGCGCUGGCCGCGCCGGGUCUUAGCGGAGCAGCUCUAGGCAGCCCCCCUGGCCAGGGCGCCGACGUCGCCGCUGCCACCGCGGAGCAGACCAUCGAGAACAUCAAGGUGGGGCUGCACGAGAAGGAGCUGUGGAAGAAGUUCCACGAAGCGGGCACCGAGAUGAUCAUCACCAAGGCCGGCAGGAGGAUGUUCCCCAGCUACAAGGUAAAAGUCACGGGCAUGAACCCCAAGACCAAGUACAUCCUGCUCAUCGACAUCGUCCCCGCAGACGACCACCGCUAUAAGUUCUGCGACAAUAAGUGGAUGGUCGCAGGGAAGGCUGAGCCAGCCAUGCCGGGGAGGCUUUAUGUCCACCCAGACUCUCCUGCCACGGGGGCCCACUGGAUGCGGCAGCUGGUCUCUUUCCAGAAGCUGAAGCUGACCAACAACCACCUGGACCCCUUUGGCCAUAUCAUCCUCAACUCCAUGCAUAAGUACCAGCCACGGCUGCACAUCGUUAAGGCCGAUGAGAACAAUGCUUUUGGCUCCAAAAACACAGCCUUUUGCACCCACGUGUUUCCAGAGACAUCCUUCAUCUCCGUGACCUCCUACCAGAACCACAAGAUCACACAGCUGAAAAUUGAAAACAACCCUUUUGCCAAGGGAUUCCGGGGCAGUGACGACAGUGACCUGCGUGUGGCCCGGUUGCAGAGCAAGGAGUAUCCGGUGAUCUCCAAAAGCAUCAUGAGGCAGAGGCUCGUCUCCAGCCAGCUCUCAGCUAAGCCCGACGUCAGCCCCCUGCACAGCGCGCACCAGGCGCUACAGCACUACCAGUUUGAGAACGGGGCACAUAUGCAGUUCGCUGCUGCAGAGUCCCAGGACCUGCCCCUCAACACCUUCCCAACGCAGAGGGACUCCAGCCUCUUCUACCACUGCCUGAAGCGCAGAGCAGACAGUGCCCGCCACCUGGACUUACCCUGCAAGCGAUCCUAUCUGGAAACCCCCUCUUCGGUGGGGGAUGAUCACUACUUCCGUUCUCCCCCUCCCUACGACCAGCAGAUGCUGAGCCCUUCCUAUUGCAGUGAGGUGACCCCCAGAGAGGCCUGUAUGUACUCGAGUUCAGGGCCCGAGAUUGCGGGGGUGUCUGCUGUGGACGACUUGCCCCCGCCCCCACUGAGCUGUAACAUGUGGACGUCGGUCUCGCCGUACACCAGCUACAGCGUGCAGACCAUGGAGACUGUGCCUUACCAGCCCUUUCCCGCACACUUCGCCACCACCACGAUGAUGCCACGGCUGCCCACCAUCUCGGCCCAGAGCACCCAGCCACCAGGAAAUGCCCACUUCAGUGUGUACAAUCAACUGCCCCAGUCUCAGGCCCGAGAACGGGGGCCCUCCGCUUCCUUCCCUAGAGAGCGUGGCCUCCCCACAGUGUGUGAGAGGAAGCCGCCCUCCCCACACCUGAACGCUGCCAAUGAGUUCCUCUACUCCCAGAGCUUCUCCUUGACCCGAGAAUCAUCCUUACAGUACCAUUCAGGAGUGGGGACUGUGGAGAACUGGACUGAUGGAUGACGAGACUGCUGUAUCCUUGACAACCCCAGGACCAUGUCAAUCCAGAAUUAACCUCUGUGGGUGGCUGGCACUGCCAAGAAACAUGGGGAGGUAUUCCAGAAGGUGUGUGUGUGUG